AUAGUUUAGUGAAAAGACAAACUUUGGUCAGUUCAGACGCAUUUUGGAGUCAGAAGAACGCAAGUGAAUAAAAGAAACUAUUUUUCAUAGGAAUAACUUAUCAACAAUUAACGCACAAUGGCCUACAAGUGGGUUCAAUCCUCGGCCUACUCCUCCCUUCCCGAGGAGGCAGUGGUGGGCGGCAACGAUGAGGACGGCGCCAUGAUAUACGUGGGCAGGGCGGAGCACGAGGGCGAUAUGUUGGUCUGCAAGGUGGUGCCGAGCAAGCAACUGGGAUUCAUUUCGCAGCGAGGAGAGGCACUGCCCAAGGACAUCUUCGAGGUGCUGUGCGGUCAGAAUCUGGUGUGGAUCAAGUGCUACGAUCAUGUGAUUCCGGAGAAUGCUGUACUCUGUGGACGCACAUCGCUGGAUCAGCCGGUUUACAUUGGUCGUGGUCAUUAUGAGGGUCAUCUGAUUAUCGGCAAAAUCUCCUCUGUCCAUCGAGCUUUGUUCAUCGCUUUUCGCGGUGCCGAACGUCGUCUGGAUUCCUAUGAGAUUUUGGUGGAGGAGCGCAGAGUGGUUCCUGGCUGGCAGCUGCCGCCACCACCUCCUCCACUAGAGGAGCCGGAAAAGUGUCCACUAUCGCCGCCGCCACCACCUUCUCCACCGGCAAUGGCGCCGCCACUGCCGGCCAAACCAUAUCCAUAUCCGGAUUUGGCUGCGAUGCCAUUUCCUGACAGGCCUCCGGCCUACACACCCACUCCGGAUCCCAUGCCACCCGUUGGAGGUGUGAUGGUGAUGCCGAGUCCAACCCCACCACCGCCGGCGGGAGGAGUGCUGGUCAUGCCACGACCACCACCACCACCACCGCCUGCAGGUGGUGUGUUGGUCAUGCCACCUCCUCCUCCAUCGUUCACUCCAGCUGAGGUGGCGCCACCGCCAUCAUUUGUUCCCGCAGAGGUGACCGCAGUAUCCGUUCCCGUGGCACCAUCGUUUACACCCGCUUCCACCUAUAAUCCCUACGAGGCGGGAUGCUCGUCCUACACUCCGGCCGAGUGUGCUGCUCCUUCGGCAUAUGACGCCUACGGCUAUGGCAACAACUAUGACGUUUGGGUAUCAGCCGAACCGGGCUAUUAUUACUCUCCCGAUGCCGUGAUUGGAGGUCAUGACAGCAACAUGGAGCAAUUGCUGGUUUGCCGGGCCUACUACCGUGGUGUCCAUGUUCCUGGCAAGGCCAUUCCCAGCCAGGGAUGUGGCUACAUAGCCCACGGGGGUCGUGAAAUCAUUGAGCCAUCGUACCAAAUGCUGGUGGGCAAGGGCAAAUACCACUGGGUGCCAUCCUACGGCGGAAACGUUCCACCUGGAGCAGUUGUGGCCGGAACGACACCUGGCGGAGCACCACUCUACAUUGGACGGGGUCACUACUGCGGCAGCUUGACACCCGGUGUAAUUGAGACCUACAACCGAUGCCUCCAGAUCCCAUUCGGUGGCCAAGAGAUCCGUCUGAGCAACUAUGAAGUUCUUGUUAGGAGCGAUAUUUACCACGGACAGCAGGCCAUCCGCCUGGUUUACUGAAGACAUAUUUAAUCUGGAAAAUCCGAGAGCAGCUAGGCCAUGAAAACCCAUAAACAAAUUUUUUGUUCCUAUAAAUUAUUCCAGGCAUAUCUUUGUAUAUUGUGAAAAACUACAUUUUAAUUAUUAAUUACCUAUAUUUAUAUACGCACUCAAUAUUAAAUGCAUCUAAGCCAAAUGCAAAAUGUGAAACUACCUCUACACACAUUAUAUUUAACCGACAUGUUUAUUUACUAGUUAAGAUACUUAUGCACUAAUUAUAUUGACACACUUUUAAAGUUCGUUGUGUAAUAAAUGUUUUAUUUAUUU